AUCGGCACACGCUUGAUAAAACACUUGAUCUCCGUCUGUUUUGAUAGAUUUUGUGGUAUUUUACGUAGGUUUAAAACAUACAAUUCAUGUAGGUUUACGGUAUUAAUGUUAUAUUUAUACAUGUAGCUCUAAAACGGAGAAAAUGUUGAUUUUGUUUCCCCUGGCGACCGCGGACUUCUUAGGGGGACCUGUUGAUUCUACGGUGUAGCCCACCGAAGCAGCAAUGGAGGUAUCCGAUGGUGAACGGUGACCGGCACACAUGAACACUCUCAACCAUCUAGUGAAGACCUACAUCCAAGCAAAGAUGGACGCCAUGGAUACACAGCGGGCCUUGGAGGCUGUGGAGAGACUCCAGGCCAAGCUGAAGGAUAGAGGAGAGGCUCCUACAGAGGAGAAACUAUCACUACUGAAGACCGUUCUACAGAGCCCUCUGUUCCUUCAGAUACUAACCAUGCAACAGACACAGCUACAGCUGCCAGAGGAGAAGAAGUCAGUACCGAAGUCUGUAUCCCUCAACACGGGUCUCUCCACGGCCAUGUCUCUGGGCCUGAGGACCCUCUCCCAUAGUGACUCCUAUACCUGGGCACAGAACAACAGCAGCAGCAGUACUGGAGGAGGAGGAGGAGGAGGAGGAGGAGGAGGAGGAGGAGGAGGAGGAGGAGGAGGAGGAGGAGGAGGAGGAGGAGGAGGUGGAGGAGGUAGCCCCCCUGCUAAACCCUUCCUACCUCGGCAGAACUACGGAGGCAGUCUCAGUGCUCUCAACACAAACACAGAAAACAACGCCGUGACCAAUAAGAUACAGUGUAUGACUCAGUUAUGUACGCCUCCACGAAUCUCCAGGACCUUAUCGAUGGGAAGGAACCUGUCGUAUAUCGCCAACGAGAAGCGUCACAUAGAGUUGAUAGAGCUGGAGAACGAUGGGAAGGGGCUGGGCUUCGGCAUUGUAGGGGGUCGAUCCUCUGGAGUCCUGGUCAAAACCAUCCUACCAAGUGGCCCUGCUGGACUGGACAAGCGUCUGCGCAGCGGGGACCACAUCCUGCGUAUCGGGGACACAGACCUGGCGGGCAUGGGCAACGAGGAAGUGGCUCACGUUCUCCGCAACGCAGGGUCAAGGGUCAAACUGUUGAUUGCUCGGGACGUCGCCGUCUCCACGGGAACCAACGACCUCUCCCUCCCCUCGCCCCCGCUCCCUCUCCUCGCCCAGCAACAACAGAGGGUGGCCAGGAUGGGCAAACUGCUGUGUGAUGUGGAGGAGGACUCUGAGUACAGUGUCCAGUUCAGUAAGAACAACAGGGGCCUGGGAUUCACUGUCACCAGCUCCAUAGGGGAGCAGAACUCUGGGGUGCAGGUGAAGAGCAUUGUGAAGGGCAGCGCUGUGGACCAAGCCAGUCAGAUACACAUCGGAGACAAGAUCUUAGCUGUGGAUGGUGUCAGCCUGCAGGGCUGCAGUGAGCAGAGAGCCCUGGAGGUCCUCAGGAAGACAGGCCAGAUAGUCAGACUGAGGCUGAUGAGGAGGGCCUCUAGGAUGGGUAAAACCAUGAAGUAUCCCCCUCCUCCCCUGGAGCCCUACGUCGUCACCCGUACAGAGACAGGGAAACAUGACAAGACAGACCAGACUGGUGUCAUCAACAGAGGAAAACAAAUGUCUCUGCGUGAGAUGUCCAGAAGAGCCAGUAUGAUGUACUCUGAACAACGACUAGACGCCAGAACCGGAGUGAAGCUGACGGCAGCAGAGGAAGAGGAGUUGAAGAGCAGGUGGCAGGCUGCUCUGGGACCCAGAUAUCAAGUGGUUGUGUGUCAGCUGGAGAGGUUCAGUGAGACCAGUGGUCUAGGCAUCAGCACGGAGGCCAGGGCAGGACACCACUACCUGUGCUCCGUCUUACCUGAGGGGCCCGUCGGACAGAGCAGGAAGAUACACCCUGGAGACCAGAUAUUGGAGCCCUGCUGUCUACUUCCUGGUUGUAACAACAUGGAUUGUGGGAGUCGUGGUUUUAAUAAGCCUGUGUCUCCUCCUCUGGCCAUGUGGGAGAGAGACAGUCAGGUGAUAGAGCUGGUGAAGGGAGAGGAAGGCCUGGGAUUCAGCAUCCUAGACUACCAGGACCCAGAGGACGACUCCAAGACUGUCCUGGUGAUCCGCUCCCUGGUCCCCGGUGGCGUGGCCGACUCAGACGGACGCCUGCUGCCCGGUGACCGGCUCAUGUCCGUCAACGACGUGGACCUGGUCCGGUCGACGCUGGGGCGCGCCGUGCACGUCCUCAAAACCACCGGCUACGGGGUCGUGCGCAUCGGCGUCGCCAAGCCACUGCCGAUCGAGUGUUGUGUCCUGGAGUCCAUCCCAGAGUCGUCGAGGUCGUCGAGAGACGAGACCCAGUCGUUAUCGAGAGAUGAGAAGGACACUCUCUACUCAGCUGGGAUGCUAGCCUCCUCCACACAGCAGGCGCAUGCUAACAGCUACGGCUCACAGCAGAGGAACAGCCAACCGUGCUCCACACUGAAGGACGAGAAAUCUCCGCGUCAUUGUUCCAGCGGCAACAUGGAGGACGACGAUAAGCUCCUGGCCCCGCCCCCUUCUUUCGGCAGCCAUUUUGAGAGGACAAUCACUGUUGUCAGGGGCAACCGUAGCCUUGGUCUGACAGUGAGUGCUAUGAAGGACGGCUCAGGGAUGUUGAUCCGGUCAGUGGUCCGUGGAGGGUCUGUCUGUCAGGACGGGAGGCUGGGCGUCGGGGACACUAUCCUGGCUGUUAACGGAGAACCCACCACCAACCUGACCAACGCUAUGUGCAGAGCCAUGCUGAGGAGACACUCUGUUACAGGUUCAGAUAUGAGUGUGACAUUCAUCCCUUCGUUUCUGGUAGAGGAGCACCGUGCGUCCAUGGCCCAGCAGCCUCUGUCAUCCAUCAUGGUGGACGGCCCCUCACCCUGCCCCCUGACACCCUCCCCUACCCCUGCUGGAGGUCCAAGCCCUUCCCCUACCCCCUGGAGGUUUAACCCCUUCCCCUACCCCCUGGAGGUCCAACCCCUUCCCCUACCCCCUGGAGGUCCAGCCCCUUCCCCUACCCUUCCUGGAGCCCCAGAUACAGCCUCAACAGUCCCAACUCCAGGUCCAGCUACAGCCCCAAGGCCUCACGGCCCUUAUCUACCCAGACCUGUAGUAUCAGCUACAAGUACAGCUCCAGCCUCAACGCCAACCAAAGGCCCACCCAGACCCCCACCCCCAGACAAGAGCCUAAUCCCUAAACCCCCACCCUCACCCGUACCAAUGAAGGAGAGGAGAGGUGUGGAUGGAGUGAGAGAGGAGGAGAAGAAAGUGGAGAGGAAGCGAGAGGAGGAGGAGGAGGAGGAGGUGAGAGAGGAAGAAGAGAGAGAGGAUGAGAUGUUGGUUUAUCCUACUAACCUCAGUUGGGCUCAACCUAGAAGGGUCAAGUUGAUGCGUUCUUCAGGCCAGUCUCUGGGCAUCAGUAUCAUGGGAGGUAGAGGGAUGGGCAGCAGGCUGACCAGUGGAGAGGUGAUGAGAGGAGUGUUCAUUAAACACAUCACACCAGACAGCCCUGCUGGACACAACGGCACCCUGAAGACUGGAGACAGGAUACUGGAGGUAGGAGGCAUGGAUCUGAGAGAUGCCAGCCAUGAGCAGGCAGUGGAGGCCAUCCGUAGUGCUGGAGACCCUGUUGUCUUCCUGGUACAGACUGGACAACACACAUCACAGUCGUCUCCUGUGCUCUCCAACCAUGAGAGGCGAGCCUCAGCAUCACACAGGGACUCACCAAACAACAGGAUGCCAGAGAGUCACAGUGGUCUGUUCCUUAGUCUCUCCCUCGCCAACCCCUUCACCCCUACUCCCUUUAAGCCGACAGCCAAUAGGACGGUCAGGAGAAGCCCCACAACUGUCUCUGCACCAAUCACACGGAGAAACACGGAAGACGACGGCUGGAAGAAGAUGAUGUCCAGGUAUGGAGGUCUGCCAGGUGAGCUCCAUAUGAUAGAACUGGAGAAGAGUCCCCGUGGAGUCACUAGCACCGAGGCCCCGGGACAGGGUCUGGUUCCUGGUCUGGGUCUCAGCCUGACGGAGGACAGGGAAGGUUCCAGAGCCCACCUCGGUGUCUACGUGGCCGGGGUCGACCCCCAGGGGGCGGCGGGGCGAGACGGACGGAUACGGGUGGGAGAUGAGCUACUGGAGAUCAACGGUCAGAUCCUGUAUGGUCGUAGUCACCAGAACGCUACAGCCAUCCUCAACAGGGCUCCUUCUAAAGUCCAGAUUCUCCUCACCAGGAAUAAAGCGGCUCUGGCGAAGAUGACUCAAGGACCCAUGGGUGGGGACUCCUCCUCUUCCUCCCUCCACCCCUCCAUCUCUCUCUCCUCUUUUCUCCAGCCCUCCAUCCACGUCUCUUCCUCCCAUCCCCCCAUUCCUCCCCACUCCUCCGUCGGCACUGCCAGGAACGCCUCCUCCUCCUCCUCCAGCGGGCGAUCUGAUUGGCCAACGGGCUCCGCUUUGACCCCUGACCUCCUGUGCUGUCCCAUAAUACCCGGCGUUGACAGCACCAUAGAGAUCUGUAAAGGACACUUGGGCCUGGGACUCAGCAUCGUGGGGGGGUGUGACACGCUACUGGGGGCGAUAAUAAUCCACGAGGUUAAUGAUGGAGGAGCAGCUCAGAGAGACGGGAGGCUGUGGGCUGGAGACCAGCUACUAGAGGUGAAUGGUAUAGACCUGGGCCAGGCCACCCAUGAGGAAGCUAUAGGGGUGUUGAGGCUGACCCCUCAGCGGGUGCGUCUCACGGUGUUCAGACAACAGCAGGAGUACGGGGAGGAGGACCUGUGGGAUGUCUUCCAGCUGGAGCUCAGCCUACGACCUGGACAGACCCUGGGGCUCAGCACUGUAGGGAAGAGCAACGACACCGGUGUGUUUGUGUGUGAGAUCAUUGGAGGGGGUGUGGCUGAUGGAGACGGACGGCUGUGUCUAGGAGACCAGAUCCUGUCAGUCAACAGAGAGGAUGUCAGAACAGCUACUCAGGAACACGUUACCUCACUGUUACAGAGCUGCAGUAGUGGAACAGUGAUCCUAGAAAUUGCUCGCUUCAGAGCCGCCGGCGUUCACUACUCCUGUGGAAGUCAGAGUGGUGACUCCGUAGGUAGUGACAGCUCCACCCUGACCCCGUCCACUGUGUAUGAGGUCCAGAGCCACCACCAGGGGGAGACAGAGAGGCGCCAGAGAGGACAGGACCACUCAGUUGAAGACCACCAUGAGAUAAGGACAGUGGUGAUGCAUAAGGGUCCGUGUGACUCUCUGGGUCUGAGUGUAGCUGGUGGGGUUGGUUCUCCUCAUGGAGACGUACCCCUCUUCAUCUCUACUAUGGACCCUGCUGGACUGGCUGCCAGGUCACACCACAUCUAUGUAGGAGACUUCAUGGUGAGUAUUAAUGAUGUCUCCACUGAGGGGAUGAGCCACGUCCAAGCUGGAGAUUUGCUGAAGUCCAUCAGUGGGACCAUCACCCUACAGGUGCUGACUACAGGGUCGGUGGAUGAGGACUGCGGAGGAGGACAGGGUCAGAGGGAUGUAGGGCUCCCCUCUACAGGGUCAGCUACCCUACACAACAACAUGAGUCCCCAGUUUUAUAGAACCAUCAGUCUGGACAGAGGAGCUCUGGGUCUAGGCUUCAGUAUAGUAGGAGGGUUCAGCAGUCCCCACGGAGACCUGCCCAUCUACGUCAAAACUGUCUUCGGAAAGGGAGCAGCGAUUGAGGACGGCAGGCUGCAGCGCGGGGAUCAGAUCCUCUCCGUGAACGGUCACAGUCUGGAGGGGGUCACCCACGCCGGCGCCGUUGCCAUACUGAAGAGGACCAAGGGAACUGUAGUCCUCACCGUACUCUCCUGAGUGUAAAGUCCUCACACAACCGUCUGUCGCUCCUUUGAUGAUGUCAUCAGCAGACUACAUCAGGGUUGUGUUCAUCAGGAAACAGACAAAACAGGGAGGGACUGUCUGAACUUCAUUUACAUUCAUACACAUUCAUUUAUGUGUUCUGUUGCAAAACGUUUUGCUACGGUGUGUGCUAAUGAACACGACCCUGUUUAUCUCUAGAAGGAGGUGAAGAUUCUCACAGAAGAAUGUCUUCUAUAUGUCCUCCUAGAUGUAACGGGCUCUCAUUGUAACAAAACUAUGAACCCUGUAAUGCAUUUCUAUGUGUCUGUGUACAUCAAUAUUGACCUCAUCAUACCAGACUACUGACUACUCACAUCACUGUCUCCUUCUAAAUGCACCUCAUCAUAUCAGACUACUGACUACUGACAUCACUGUCUCCUUCUAAAUGCGCCUCAUCAUACCAGACUACUGACAUCACUGUCUCCUUCUAAAUGCACCUCAUCAUACCAGACUACUGACUACUCACAUCACUGUCUCCUUCAAUAUGUACCUCAUCACACCAGACUACUGACUACUCACAUCACUGUCUCCUUCUAAAUGCACCUCAUCAUACCAGACUACUGACUACUGACAUCACUGUCUCCUUCUAAAUGCACCUCAUCAUACCAGACUACUGACAUCACUGUGUCUCCUUCUAAAUGGACCUCAUCAUACCAGACUACUGACUACUGACAUCACUGCCUCCUUCUAAAUGGACCUCAUCAUAGCAGACUACUUACAUCACUGUCUCCUUCAAAAUGGACCUCAUCAUACCAGACUACUGACCUCACUGUCUCCUUCUAAAUGCACCUCAUCAUACCAGACUACUGACUACUGACAUCAGUCUCCUUCUAAAUGCACCUCAUCAUACCAGACUACUGACAUCACUGUCUCCUUCUAAAUGAACCUCAUCAUACCAGACUACUGACGACUCACAUCACUGUCUCCUUCUAAAUGAACCUCAUCAUACCAGACUACUGACAUCACUGUCUCCUUCUAAAUGCACCUCAUCAUACCAGACUACUGACGACUCACAUCACUGUGUCUCCUUCGAAAUGCACCUCAUCAUACCAGACUACUGACUACUCACAUCACUGUCUCCUUCUAAAUGGACCUCAUCAUACCAGACUACUGACAUCACUGCCUCCUUCUAAAUGGACCUCAUCAUACCAGACUACUGACAUCACUGCCUCCUUCUAAAUGCACCUCAUCAUACCAGACUACUGACUACUCACAUCACCGUGUCUCCUUCUAAAUGCACCUCAUCAUAC